GCUCUACUGGUCAGAGACCAGAAGAGCUUAUGCGAUAGUAAUGCGUCCGGCGUCCGUCCGUCUGUCUGUCUGUCUGUAAACAAUUUUUCAAAAUGCUAUUCCUCCUACACUUUUGGUCUAAUUUCAAUAUAACUUGGCACACAAGUAGACUAUACUAAGAUACAUAAUUCUGUUUAUCGGUUUUUGAUUUUGAUGAACGGUGUUGCCGUGGUCACUAAAAAUAGAAAUUUCUGUGAAAUUCUUUCAAAAUGCUACUCCUCCUACAGUUUUGGUCUGAUUUCAGUUUAACUUGGCACACAAGUAGACUAUACUAAGAUACAUAAUUCCGUGUAUCGGUUUUUGAUUUUGAUGAACGGUGUUGCCGUGGUUACUAAAAAUAGAAAUUUCUGUGAAAUUCUUUCAAAAUGCUACUCCUCCGACAGUUUUGGUCUGAUUUCAGUAUAACUUGGCACACAAGUAGAAUACACUAAGAUACAUAAUUCUGCAUAUCGGUUUUUGAUUUCGAUGAAUGGUGUUGCCGUGGUUACUAAAAAUAGAAAUUUCUGUGAAAUUCUUUCAAAAUGCUACUCCUCCUACAGUUUUGGUCUGAUUUCAGUAUAACUUGGCACACAAGUAGAAUACACUAAAAUACAUAAUUCUGUGUAUCGGUUUUUGAUUUCGAUGAAUGGUGUUGCCGUGGUUACUAAAAAUAGAAAUUUCUGUGAAAUUCUUUCAAAAUGCUACUCCUCCUACAGUUUUGGUCUGAUUUCAGUAUAACUUAACACACAAGUAGACUACACUAACAUACAUAAUUCUGUUUAGCGGUUUUUGAUUUUGAUGAUAGGUGUUGCCGUGGUUACUAAAAAUAGAAAUUUCUGUAAAAUUCUUUCAAAAUGCUACUCCUCCUACAGUUUUGGUCUGAUUUCAAUAUAACUUGGCACACAAGUAGACUACACUAAGAUACAUAAUUCUGCGUAUCAAAUUUUAAUUUUGAUGAACGGUGUUGCCGUGGUUACUAAAAAUAGAAAUGUCUGUAAAAUUGUUUCAAAAUGCUACUCCUCCUGCAGUUUUGGUCUGAUUUCAGUAUAACUUGGCACACAAGUAGAAUACACUAAGAACAUAAAGAGACUUUAUCAGCGAUCAUUAUUCUAUUUAUUGCUGUUGUAAAGUUUCAAAUCCCAGCUGCUUAAGUACUUUUCUCUUCCUUUGCUAUAAGUUCAAACCAGUAGAGCUUCAGUCUCGACAGAGACUUCUGGUUGUUACAUCGACUGUGUUAAAAAGAUAACAAUGUCAAAACUUUCGCUGUUCUUCAUCUAAGUUAAGAGGAUGAUGACGUUGUUUCCCUGGAAAAGGGAAUAGUUUUUAUACGGAAAUCUUUUUGCAAGUCUAACAUGGCUCCUGGCGGGACGGCUCUUGUUGAUGGAGUAGCGAUUGUUGAGAAGACUAAACAGGCCGUUGAAAGGGAGAGAUGGGAGAAAAAAAUUGAAUUCCUGUUAGCAGUUGUGGGGUUUGCCGUUGAUUUGGGAAAUGUCUGGAGAUUUCCGUACAUUUGCUUCAAAAAUGGUGGAGGUGCCUUCCUCAUCCCUUACCUUGUCAUGUUGAUCUUCUGUGGAUUGCCCCUGUUUUACAUGGAACUGGCUUUAGGCCAAUUUCAAAGAUGUGGUUGCCUAACUGUAUGGAAUCGAAUAUGUCCCGCAUUUAAAGGGAUAGGAUUCGCCAUCAUUGUCAUAGCAACCUACAUUUCAUGGUACUACAAUACGAUCAUUGCUUGGUGUGUGUAUUAUUUCUUCUCCUCCAUGCGCGAAGACGUACCCUGGAAGACCUGCAACAAUGAAUGGAAUUUACAAGAACAGUGUAUGAGAUAUCCAACCGACGACAGACUGAAUGAGACCACCCAGUUGUUUUGUUACCAGGGUGCAAAUGCCACGUCGUGUAUCUUCAAAAACCAAACCCAGACCCCGACAGAACAAUAUUUUGAAAGAGAGGUUUUAGGACUACAGUACGCUGAUGGCAUAAACUAUGUAGGAGGCGUAAAUUGGAUGAUUGCUCUGUGUCUUCUUGGAGUGUUUGUUAUCGUUUAUUUUGCCAUGUGGAAGGGGAUCAAAAGUUCGGGCAAGUUUGUUUGGGUGACUGCCACGAUGCCGUAUGUUGUGCUGCUGAUUCUGUUGAUUCGUGGGUGUAUGUUGGAGGGCUCCAUGAAGGGAAUUAUAUACUAUCUGACCCCUGUUUGGAGUGACAUUGCUAAAAAAGAGGUCUGGAUCGCCGCUGCAGCACAGAUCUUCUUUUCCCUAGGCCCUGGGUUUGGAGUUUUACUGGCUCUCUCCAGUUACAACCGACUCAACAAUAACUGUUACAAGGAUGCCUUAAUAACAAGUUCCAUCAACUGCUUCACCAGUUUUUUCGCCGGCUUUGCUGUGUUCACUGUUCUUGGUCAUAUGGCUACAGUUCAAGGAAAAGAUGUUCGAGAUGUCGCAAGAGAUGAUGUUGGACUUAUUUUCAUUGUCUAUCCAGAAGCAAUAUCCACUCUGAAGAUUUCACCACUAUGGGCAAUGUUAUUCUUUUUAAUGUUCAUAACACUAGGCCUAGAUACAACAUUUGGUGGAUUAGAAGCCAUAUGCACGGGAAUUUUGGACGAAUGGCCAAUUUUACGGAAACAUAGAAAACUGUUUGUUUUGUUUUUGAUGAUGUAUUGUUUUAUUGGGGCCCUGGCUACAACAACUUAUGGUGGAAUUCAUGUUGUUCAGCUAUUGGAUUCUUACGUUGCUCCUAUUGCCCUAAUAUUUGUUGUGUUCUUGGAAUCUCUGUCUGUUUCCUGGAUAUAUGGCGUUGAAAGGUUCAGUGAUGACAUCAAGUCCAUGCUAGGAUUUCGGCCUGGAAUCUUCUGGAGACUCUGCUGGAAAUUCCUCAGUCCCGCUAUACUGCUCUUCCUCUUCAUUAUGUCUCUGAUUGGUCACGAACCCCAACCGUAUGCGAAGUAUUCUUAUCCAGCCUGGGCCAUUUCCAUCGGAUGGCUAAUAGUGAUGUCGUCGUUAAUAUUCAUCCCUGGAUAUUUUGUAUAUAAACUCAUCAUUACUCCUGGUACCUUUCUGGAAAGACUGAGAACGGUCUUUAUCCCGACAGAAGUCCCGGACCAUGGAUACACUGAACCAGUACCCGUCUAAUUCAUUAAUUUUAUGCACAAUUUAAAUUACUACAUAUUAAGCGGUGACCCGUUUUAUCAGUGGGUUUAGGAGUGAGACAAGCGCCGUCAUAACAAAAAUUCAACAACAACAACAACAAAAAAAACAAACAAAAAAAAAAGAAAAAAAAAAAAAAAAAAAAAAAGCAAUUUAAAAAUACACGUGUGCAUGUCAUUGAAAAAAGCAUUUUAUUUUCACUCAUGUCAAAUAUUUACUUUUUUGCAAAAGUAAAACAUUUCUUUUAUUUCAUGUUUAUUUUUUCUAAAUUUUAUAUUGAAUUCGUUAAAAUUACAAGAUAAAGUUUACUUUUUAUCUCACCAGAGCUGACAGUUCAAAUGAACUUCUGUUUUUACCAUCUUUUUUUCAAUCCAGUUCAAUAGUUUAUUCUCUAAAACUGCACUACACUAUACAGAAGAUACAAAUAUGAAAUAUGUACAAUACAAUGUAAUACAGCAUGCAUGAGGAAAUUAAAACAAACGAUGAAAGAUGACAGUGUCAUAAAUCAAUAACAAACUCAAACCCAAAUAAAUUUGCAUAGUUUAACUAGUUGAUUUUUACUGUUUUAAAUUAAAUAAUUGUUUGGACUCAAAACUUUAGGAUUUUUAUAAUAAACAUUAACCUGGAAGGUAACUCUCUUAUUAACUAUAUUAACGAAUUUACAAAAGUUAUUGAUAACGAAUACUUUUUACAUGGAUAUAAAUUUGAAAACUUGAAAGCACUUGGUCGAAUUGUUGAUGGAAUUAACAAUUUUCUACUAUCGUUUAGAGCUGGACACGACAUAAUAUAAUGGAAUUCGUCUCCAGUAUCAUUAUUGCAUAAAGUACAUAGUCUUUGAUUUGUGGGUAUUUUUCUCCAUCGGCCUAUUUCUAUUGGUAAUUUAUGACUACUGAUUCUAAAUCUUGCUAAUGUAAUUAUAGUAUUACUAUCUUAUUUUUCCGUGCGUGCGUCCGUCUCUUUCAAUUUCAUUAUUUUCAUCUUCUGAAGAACAAAUGAACCAUUUCAAAUAAAUAUGCCAAAAAGCAAAAUUGGAUAAAGGGGAUUUAAUUUUUUUUGACGUCCUCUUUUAAGGGGAUAAAUUUUAAAAUUGGUGAGAUUAGUGAUAUUAUGGUGAUCAUUUAUAAAUUUCAGGAAUAACUGAGUUUUAAAAAUAGCGUAGAUUCAAAUUUUAUCAAAUCGUGGCCCUUGGCAAUAGGGUGGGGCCGUAAUAGGGGAUCCAUGUUUUGCAUCGGAUUCUUUAAAAAAAAAUAUUCUUUAAAAAAAGUCUACAAUCAGCAAGGCAGUGAUUUGUCAUAAUCUUGAGAAAACAUUUGCAGAUAUGUAAUGCAGAAACGAUCUUGUUCAAAUCAUGGUCCACGGAGGUAAGAAAUGGGCACAAUAAAAGAUCAAAGUUGAAUAUUGUAAUGCGGUAAUACUAUAAAAGAUCUGAUGAAGAAGAACUGUAGAGUCAUCUCAUUAUUUGUCACAGUAAUGUGGAUGUACCCCCAGGUGCUGUUGAGUGCAUUCUGUUCUGUUGGCCCCAGGGUCGAUUGUGCACCAGUAGGGGAUCAGUUUUUAAAUGGCGUUAUAUGGGAAAAAAUCUUUCAGUAUCUUUUGAAGUGCCACAGCGACAUAAAUAGGGAUAAACUGGAUUCACCAGAUCUGUCUUUAUGACUCUUUUUGAAGAGAAAAAGUAGUAUAGAACUUUAACACGUUUUUUUCUUUACGAUGUCACUGUACAGAAAGAGUGUGACAGAAUUAAGUGAAAUUCUUGUGAGGACAUAACUUAAUAGGCUAAUAUUUUCCAUAAAAGUUACUGGACAGGAUUGUAUCUGAACUUUACACGGAAUUCAUUUUGUACUACGCCAUACGUAACAUGAAAGCCUUUUUUAACUACUUAAGUCAAAGGUCUGUAGACAUUCUGGGUCAUUUUAUAGAUCACGCAAGGCCACAAAAAUAGUUAUUGUCAAAUUCUAAACGAACGUAAUAAAAAAUCAUGGAAGUUUCGAUGGCCAUAUUAUUAGCUCACCUGAGCCGAAGGCUCAAGUGAGCUUUUCUGAUCAAAAUUUGUCCGUUGUCUGUCGUUGUCGUUGUUGUUGUCGUUGUUGUCGUAAACUUUUCACAUUUUCAUCUUCUUCUCAAGAACCACUGGGCCGAUUUCAACCAAACUUGGCACAAAGUAUCCUUGGGUGAAGGGGAUUCAAGUUUGUUCAAACGAAGGGCCACACCCUUUUCCAAGGGGAGAUAAUCAUAAAUUUGUUAAAAAUUAAUGCAUUUUUAAAAAAUCUUCUUCUCCAGAACCGAUGGACCAGGAAAGAUGAAACUCAUGUGGAAUCAUCCUCAGGUAGUGUAGAUUCAAGUUUGUUCAAAUCAUGACCCCCGGGGCAAGGGUGGGGCCAAAAUGGCCGACCCAAGUUUUACAUAGGAAUAUAUAGGAAAAAUCUUUAAAAAUCUUCUUCUCCAGAACCACUGGGCCAGGAAAGAUUAAACUCAUGUGGAAUCAUCCUCAGAUAGUGCAGAUUCAAGUUUGUUCAAAUCAUGACCCCCGGGGCAAGGGUGGGCCAAAAUGGCUGACCCAAGUUUUACAUAGGAAUAUAUAAGAAAAAUCUUUAAAAUUCUUCUUCUCCAGAACCACUGGGCCAGGAAAGAUGAAACUCAUGUGGAAUCAUCCUCACGUAGUGUAGAUUCAAGUUGUUCAAAUCAUGACCCCUGGGGCAAGGGCGGGCCAAAAUGGCCGACCCAAAUUUUACAUAGGAAUAUAUAGGAAAAAUCUUUAAAAAUCUUCUUCUCCAGAACCACUGGGCCAGGAAAGAUGAAACUCAUGUGGAAUCAUCCUCAGGUAGUGUAGAUUCAAGUUUGUUCAAAUCAUGACCCCCGGGGCAAGGGUGGGGCCAAAAUGGCCGACCCAAAUUUUACAUAGGAAUAUAAAGGAAAAAUCUUUAAAAAUCUUCUUCUCCAGAACCCACUGGGCCAGGAAAGAUGAAACUCAUGUGGAAUCAUCCUCAGGUAGUGUAGAUUCAAGUUUGUUCAAAUCAUGACCCCCGGGGCAAGGGUGGGGCCAAGAUGGCCGACCCUAGUUUUACAUAGGAAUAUAUAGGAAAAAUCUUUAAAAAUCUUCUUCUCCAGAACCACUGGGCCAGGAAAGAUGAAACUGAUGUGGAAUCAUCCUCAGGUAGUGUAGAUUCAAGUUUGUUCAAAUCAUGACCCCCGGGGCAAGGGUGGGGCCAAAAUGGCCGACCCAAAUUUUACAUAGGAAUAUAAAGGAAAAAUCUUUAAAAAUCUUCUUCUCCAGAACCCACUGGGCCAGGAAAGAUGAAACUCAUGUGGAAUCAUCCUCAGGUUGUGUAGAUUCAAGUUUGUUCAAAUCAUGACCCCCGGGGCAAGGGUGGGGCCAAGAUGGCCGACCCUAGUUUUACAUAGGAAUAUAUAGGAAAAAUCUUUAAAAAUCUUCUUCUCCAGAACCACUGGGCCAGGAAAGAUGAAACUGAUGUGGAAUCAUCCUCAGGUAGUGUAGAUUUAAUUUUGUUCAAAUCAUGACCCCCGGGGCAAGGGUGGGGCCAAAAUGGCCGACCCAAGUUUUACAUAGGAAUAUAUAGGAAAUAUCUUUAAAAAUCCUUCUGAAGAUCCACUGGGCCAGGAAAGAUUAAACUCAUAUGGAAUCAUCCUCAGGUAGUGUAGAUUCAAGUUUGUUCAAAUCAUGACCCCCGUGGCUAGGGUGGGGCCAAAAUGGCCGACCCAAGUUUCACAUAGGGAUAUAUAGGUAACCCUUUUAAAAUCUUUUUAAGUACUUCAAAGCUAUGAUUAGUGAUAUUUAUAUGGAAUCAUCCUCAGGUAGUGUAGAUUCUAGUUUGUUCAAAUGAUGAACGCCUGGAGGGGGGGGGGGAGUAAAUUCAAGCCCGAUGUGCUCAGGUGAGCGCUGUGGCCCCUGGGCCUCUUGUUUAUAUAAUAAUCACAAGGACUGCUGACACCUGAUGUGUUACAACCUUCAAACAGAUAUACCUACAUAAGGGUUUUAGGAAGUCAGCUGAUUUUUUUUUAUUCAAAAAGCUUUUUAAGUUUUCCAAUAAGAGAAGUCUUGUUAAGAAGUUCUUAUAUAUGGUUGUCUUUUUUGAAUGGAUAUCAAUCAUUUGUGUCCAAAACCAAAAAUACGUAAUUUUUAGAUCAAGUACGUUGUUUAAAACAUUGGGAAUAUGAAGAAAACGGGAAACAUAACUUAAGUUCUCUGUGCUUAACAUCUACAAAAUACCAAACGCUUUGUAGAGUAAAGACUAAGACCCAAGACCAAACAGAAAGGAAGUGGGGAAGAAUUUUUAACACGAGCCAAGAAAUAUUUUAAAUGAUGUAAUUCAAAAUCAAAAUAUACAGAAAUGUAUUUUAUUAUACAUGUAACGAUGUUUCAUUAGGAGGAAGAGACAAAUAUUUCCAGUUUCAAUGAAAACUGGGCUACUGAUAACUGUUGAUAUAUGUUAUUAUUAUAGUGUGAUAGACUUAUAUUCAUUUAUACUAAUUGUCAUAUAUAUAAUAUGUAUAACGUAUUUACCUUUAUAUAUAUACUUUAGUCUUUUGUAUAAAUGCAUUAUAUUUGUCAUGUGUGUUAUAUAUGUUCAUAUACAUUAAUGUAGUUGAUUCUAAUAAAUAACGAACCUUGCAA